ACCUAAUACUACUUCCCUUUUCCUCAUCCGGUGCCCUCCUGCAUAUAAAUAAUCUAAGCUACUCCACAACUUUGAGACUCUCUUGACAACCCAAAAAUACUAAAAGGUAAAAAGAUGUCAAGCAACUCAAGCCCACUAGAGAUAGACACUAUUACAUUUUUACAUUCCAACUUCUUCUUCUUCCAAGAUGAUCAAUCACCAACACCAUGGAAUAAUGACCUUCUCUUCAAUGAUCCAUUUCUUGAUGAUGAUCAAUAUUCACCAAUUAUAGAAUAUGAUCAUCAUCAAGAAGUACUUGUAGAAUCCUCAAACACUACAACUACAUCAAAAGCAAGUAUUAGCCAAAAUAGUCCUGAUCAAUAUUCACCAAAUAUAGAAUAUGAUCAUCAUGAAGAAGUUCUUGUAGAAUCCUCAAACACUACAACUACAUCAAAAGCAAGUAGUAGCCGAAAUAGUCAUGAUCAAGAAGAAGUAACAUCCCAAGAGAAACAAGAAGAAGAAGAUCAAGAAAAACACUAUAUUGGGGUUAGAAAAAGGCCAUGGGGUAAAUAUGCGUCCGAAAUUAGGGAUUCGACGAGAAAUGGGAUUAGGGUUUGGCUAGGAACAUUCGAUACUGCUGAAGAAGCUGCUUUAGCUUAUGAUCAAGCUGCAUUAUCAAUGAGAGGUCCUUGGUCACUUCUCAAUUUUCCAAUUGAAAAAGUUAAACAAUCACUUCAAAAAAUUGAGUAUACUUGUAAAGAUGGAUUAUCUCCAGCUGCUGUUCUUAAAGCUACUCAUAAAACAAGAAGAGUGAAGCAUAAGAGAAGUAGUAGAAAGAAGAAGAAAAAUUUAGAAAAUGUUCUUGUGUUUGAGGACUUGGGAGUUGAGUUAUUAGAAGAGCUUUUAAUGAGUUCAUCAUAGUACUAUAUUAAUAAUUAUUAUCGAGUCGAAAAUAAUGGGUUUGAUUUUCGUUAGAAACGGGUAAUUAAUUGUCUUUGAUCAUUCUCAAUUAGUUUUUAUUGCUGAGUUAUUAAUUACUCGCUAUCUGGCCGGAAAAGAUGAUUCGAAAAUUGAUUCCGUCAGCAGGAAAUAAUAACAACACUGGAUGGAAGACAAUCAGGAUCACACUAUGUAUGAGUUUGUAAAGUUGCUCUUUUUUAUUUUCUUUAUUUUUGAAUUCUGGGUUUCUUGACGAAUUUAGAGUUUAGUUUUAAGAAGAGCUUUUGAUGACCUGUUAUCUCAGAAAUAAUGUUUCGACUUGUUAGUUCGUACAUAUAAAUUUGUCUUUUUUAUUUAA